AUGGGAAAAUAUAGUAAUGGACCUUUAAAUAAUUUUCAAAGAAAUGGAUUUUUAAAUAAAAAUAAAGUAAAUAAAGUUAAAAAUCUUCAAUCACCAAUUCCAAGUAGUUUAUCUUCCUUUACAUUUACAACAGAUUCACAAUUAAUUGGAAGAAAGAAAAUAAAUGAUUUUGGUGGAGAAAGUUGUAGUUUGUCUUCAAUUGGAUUAAAUGAGAAUUUAAAUGAAAGAAGAAGAAAUUGGGAUGAGGAAGGAAAUGAUUCUGAAAGUUUGGCAACAAAUAUUAAUUUAAAUAAUUUAUCCAAAAAUGAGAAUUCAAUAAAUACUUUAUUUAAUUUAAAAAGUCAAUUAUCUUCCUCUUCAUUAAAUAAUGGACAUUCAACAACAUUAAAUUCUUCAAUUUUAAAUAUACCUCGACUUAAUUCUGCAGAUUCUUGCAGUACUUUAAUACAAGAAAUCCCAACAGAUUGCCUUCAAAGAAUUACCGACCCUUUUUUACUUUACAAUGAAAGAAAUAAUUUAUUUAAUUUGGCACAAAAAAUUGGUGUUAAAUUUGAAGUUCGAGAAAUUGAAGGUGCUUUUAUUUUUUCCCAUCCACUAACUAAAAAUAUAAUUGUUUUUAAUUCUCAAAUUUUUAAUGGGCAAAAUGGACAGAAAAUUGAAGGAAUUCGAAUUUCUUUGCAUAAAAAUGAAAGACUUUAUCGAGAAAGUCAUCUUUGGCCGGUCGAAAGAUGGUUGGGGUUGGCAACAAUUGAAGGUGUUUGUAGGCGUUUCUUUUCUCCUUCUUGCGAUAUUUAAAAAAUAAU